CCGCCUCCGUGCGCGUUCGACUUCCGGUUUGUCUUAUACACAAUGUUAAACGCACGUGUGUGGUUAGGAAGUUUCAGCUAGCUUAUAAAUAGUGAAAGGAGCUAGAGGUGACAUUAAGCAGCCAGCAUGUCUUUUAUCGUUACUAGGAGCCGCAGUAAACUGGGGCUUGGGGAGAAUAUUUCCAAGGAUUCGGUACAGAGUGACUCUCAGAGAGAAAUUGCGCGUGAAUCACCUGCGUCUGAAAGUGACUCUGGCGACAGCUUGUUUUUGACCCAGUCUGUGACCUCACCUUCGAGGACUGUCAAAAGACACCAUCCGUCUAACGAUCCUCCGUGUCCCUUCAGUCAAGAGGUGGAGGAUGUGCAUGAGAAAGCCGGUGGCCGAAACGCACAGCACAAAGACACGGGGGUGAGCAGCGACUCCGACAGUGAAACGACUUAUGAUGUCUUGCUUCGUAGAUGGAAGUUGCUGGCUAAUUCACGUGGCAGGAUUAACCAGCGGCCUCGCCCGAGUCGUAAGAGAGUAUCUCCAAAGUGGAUGGGGGUACCUUUCCUGAAGAAGUCUGUCUCUGUCCGCAAAAAACAAACUAUAGUGAAUUCAGAGGUUGGUGGGUUCUUUAAAUGCAUAUUGAAGCUGAGCAAAGGUCAUGGAGACAAAAGAAGAGGAGAGCUGAGUCCAUCUUUAUUGCUUUCUGAACGGAAGGAAAGCAGUAUGCAAACAGAAGAUGAUGAUGAUGAUGAGGACGUUAAAAAAGUGGAUAAAGAUUGCUUUAUUGAGAACACACAUAAAAGAAACCAACAAACAUGGCUACCAUCCCUGAAAUGGAAAACGAGACAGGCUCCAGAAACGUGCACUAAGAAAAGCAACAAAUGUCAAGAGGAGCAGGAGACGUGUUCUCAAACCAGGAAAGUUGCUGAAGACCUGAUGGCGCCUCAAGAUGACGCAGAUGUAUAUAAUGAGAGCAGCUCACUUAAUAUAGAAGUGUCUCGGUCCACGGAGAACGGUGAGAAAAGCAGGAAAUCUGCCGAAUGGAACUGGAUGGAACCAAUUGAUGAAACGUCAGACGAGGAGACGCAGCGGCCAAAUUUGGUAGACCAGGAUGAAGACGAAACCCAGAUUUUGCAGGACAACCCUAUGGACAGAGAAGGAAGGGAAGAUGCACCCUGCUUGGAGAACAUCUCAUCCUGUGAACACCAAGUACAAGUCCAGGAUAUCCAUCAAGGCGUACAUCAUGAGCCACUUGGAAACGAAACCCAGAUUUUGCAGGACAACCCUACGGACAAAGAAGGAAAGGAAGAUGCACUCUGCUUUGAGAACAUCUCAUCCUGUGAACACCAAGUACAAGUCCAGGAUAUCCAUCAAAGCGUACAUCACGAGCCACUGGAAAACGAAGACUUUGGUAGUGUUAGUGGAGGUUUCAUCAGCUCACAGGAUCUUUUUCAAGAACCAAAUAAUCAAUCAAGUCCUUUAAAAGAGACUAGUGUUGAAAAUGAUAAGGAAGUCUUAGAAAGCAUUGUAGUACCACAUGAUGACAUAGGUUUGAUAAUAAAGAAAAAGGGUUCAUUAAUCUUGGAAGAUAUGGAGGGUGACUUUCUUAAAUAUUCCAAAUCUCUGAGGACUCACCCGAGUGAAAUAGUCUCACCAACAGCUGGAGAUAUAUGCCAGGUAAGAAAGGAAAAGGACAAGACGACAUUGGAUAUGCAAGAUCCACACCAUCAUUCAUCACUGCCAUUAGAGGAUUACGAAUCAGGAUCCAUAGGAAAUGAUUACUCAAGUUGUAGUAAGGAUAUCCUCAUGGUCAGACAGGAAGAGAAGACCGAGACCCCACUGUUCAAUUUUGGUGGAUUGAAAUUUCUGAAGAGGAAGAAAAAUAAAAAGACUAAAGACCCUGAGAUCUCAGAUAACCUGGCACCAAGACAAGCUGAUUUGGGUCAGAAUGAAUAUUCUGCACUUCACUUUGAUGACGUCAAGCGUAAAAAAAGAAGAAAGGUCAAAAAUGAUCGGUUGUUGGAGGAAACAGUUUAUACCUUGCCAGACAUCAGUAUUGCUGCAGACUCAAGUCUAUUAGUUCAGGACUCUUCAGUGGUUUGUGCUUCAGUUAGUGGAAGUAAACCAAAGAGAAAAAAGGGCAAAAAUGAUUGGUUGUUGGAGGAACCAGUUGACACCUUGCCAGACAUCAGUGUUGCUGCAGACUCGAGUCUGUCAGUUCAGGACUCUUCAGUGGUUUGUGCUUCAGUUAGUGGAAGUAAACCAAAGAGAAAAAAGGGCAAAAAUGAUUGGUUGUUGGAGGAACCAGUUGACACCUUGCCAGACAUCAGUGUUGCUGCAGACUCGGGUCUAUCAGUUCAGGACUCUUCAGUGGUUUGUGCUACAGUUUGUGGAAGUAAACCAAAGAGUAAAAAGGACAAAAAUUAUCGGUUGUUGGAGGAACCAGUUGACACCUUGCCAGACAUCAGUGUUGCUGCAGACUCGGGUCUAUCAGUUCAGGACUCUUCAGUGGUUUGUGCUACAGUUAGUGGAAGUAAAGCAAAGAAAAAGAGAAAAAAGGACAAAAAUGAUCGGUUGUUGGAGGAACCAGUUGACACCUUGCCAGACAUCAGUAUUGCUGCAGACUCUGGUCUAUCAGUUCAGGACUCUUCAGUGGUUUGUGCUUCAGUUAGUGGAAGUAAACCAAAGAGAAAAAAGGGCAAAAAUGAUUGGUUGUUGGAGGAACCAGUUGACACCUUGCCAGACAUCAGUGUUGCUGCAGACUCGGGUCUAUCAGUUCAGGACUCUUCAGUGGUUUGUGCUACAGUUAGUGGAAGUAAAGCAAAGAAAAAGAGAAAAAAGGACAAAAAUGAUCGGUUGUUGGAGGAACCAGUUGACACCUUGCCAGACAUCAGUGUUGCUGCAGACUCUGGUCUAUCAGUUCAGGACUCUUCAGUGGUUUGUGCUUCACUUAGUGGAAGUAAACCAAAGAGAAAAAAGGACAAAAAUUAUCGGUUGUUGGAGGAACCAGUUGACACCUUGCCAGACAUCAGUGUUGCUGCAGACUCUGGUCUAUCAGUUCAGGACUCUUCAGUGGUUUGUGCUUCAGUUAGUGGAAGUAAAGCAAAGAAAAAGAGAAAAAAGGACAAAAAUGAUCGGUUGUUGGAGGAACCAGUUGACACCUUGCCAGACAUCAGUGUUGCUGCAGACUCGAGUCUGUCAGUUCAGGACUCUUCAGUGGUUUGUGCUUCAGUUAGUGGAAGUAAACCAAAGAGAAAAAAGGACAAAAAUGAUCGGUUGUUGGAGGAACCAGUUGACACCUUGCCAGACAUCAGUGUUGCUGCAGACUCGAGUCUGUCAGUUCAGGACUCUUCAGUGGUUUGUGCUUCAGUUAGUGGAAGUAAACCAAAGAGUAAAAAGGACAAAAAUUAUCGGUUGUUGGAGGAACCAGUUGACACCUUGCCAGACAUCAGUGUUGCUGCAGACUCUGGUCUAUCAGUUCAGGACUCUUCAGUGGUUUGUGCUUCAGUGAAUGGAAUUAAACCAAAGAAAAAGAGAAAAAAAGACAAACAUGGUCAACCAGUGCCUCAGGAAGAUGAAUGGAUUGGUGUAGAGGAGGCUAUCCAGAUCCCCUGUCAAGGUUCAGCUUCUUUGGUGUCUAUAGCUGAGGAAACUGAGCAGCUGACCAGAACUGAUCUUUCUAAUUUUGUUCAGUCUGAUUGUCUUGAACCACAAAGGAAAAAGAAAAAGAAAAGGGCGAAGACGAAACAGGAUUCAAGUCCUGUGAUAACUGAGAUCGUGGCUUGGCAGUGCAGUGAAGAAUCUUAUUCAAGCCAUGGUAUCAAAACUGUCAAGAAAAAGAAGAAAACGUUUAUAGAUGAUGUUGGAGAAGGACAAGUAGGAGAGAUGGCUACGGCCAGUAAGAAUAUUGGAGAACCGUUGGAGAAAAUCCCCGAAAUACCAGCAGGCAUAGAAAUCCAACCAGUGAAUAGCAUAGAUUUGACAGAUGACUCUAUAACUCAAAGGAAGAAGAGGAAAAAAAGGAAACGGCAAAAGGUGGUCAGGGAAGAAAAUAUGGACGUUGAGGCAUUGUUGGUAGAGACGACAGAACAAGUGGAGGCUCCAAAUACUCAAGAUUCUGAGCAGCAAGCAGCUGAGGUGGUUCUGGUGAGAAAGCCAAAGAAGAAAAAGGGCAGAAUUAAAACGCAUCAAGAAGAGGAGACGUCUAAAAAUGCAUCCGUGUCUCUCAGACUUGAUCUCAUAGAGAUGACAACAUCCAAUACCCCAAGCACCAGAAGUGAGACUGGAGGGAUUGGUGAGGAGGAAGGUGUUGGUGGAUCAGAACCAGUGAAGAAGAAGAAAAAGAAGAGGAAAAGGAAAGAGUUGGAAAAUGAUGGAUCGUGGUCGGUUUCUCACGGCUUGUUGCAUCUGGAUGACUCCCAUUGGCAAAAUACUAAACAGACAAGAGUAGUGAAAGAAGCUUCAAGUAGUGGACAAAAUGACACCAAUGAGACAAACAAAUGUGAGAGGACCAAAGAUGACCGUUCUGAAAGUAGCCAACAAGUACUGCAGUCAGAGGAUACCAUACAGCCUAAUGGAAGGAAAAAGAAGAAGAAGAAGAAGAAGAAGCAAUGGGUAGAAACAGACAUAGAAGUGUAUCCUGAGAUUGUUGAACAUGAAUUGUGGCAGGAGAGUGGUUCUCCAUCAGAACCUUCAGAAGCAAUAAUUGAGAAGGAGAAGAAGAAAAAGAAUAGAAAGGACACAGUUGAUAGAGGUGGGAAUCAGAUUUUAGAUGUUGUACCUAAGCUAUUUGCUGCAGAAGAAUCAAGAGAUGCUUUAGACACAUGCCAUGCUAAAAAGGACAGUAUUUCAUCCUCAGGGGGUGCAUUAUUAGUACAUAUUAAGAAAAAGAAGCAAGUAAGAGACCCAGAUAAUGAUCUAGAUGCACUCGGAGCUGAAAAAGUCGCUGUCUCUGGCAAGUCAAAUUGGUGUUCAUGGACCGACAGUGCAAAACUCAAAAAGAAGAGAAAGAGAGACCAUCUGUGAUUGAUUUAUUCAUUCAUUUAUUUAUUUAUUUCACUUCAAAAUGUUAGGGUGCUUGUUUUGUUUUGUUUUGUUUUGGGGUUUUUCGCUUAUUACAAAAUGUAAGUUGUUUUUAUCCCUAACUAUGGAGCACGGUUUUCACGGCUAUCGUAACAGAACCAUUUACUUUAACCGUCAAAGUUUCGAAAAUGCAUAUUUUUGUAAUCCAAAUCAUGUAUAUUUUUGUUAGUGAAUUUCCACAUCAUUUUUAUCCAUUUAUAGUUGCAUUUAAUGGGGUGAAACAUCCAUGCAACUAGCUUGUUCCUGGUAUCGUUUAAAUUGUAACAGCUAUAACCAGUUCUCUCACCAGGAUCUCUUUUUGUCCUCUCUCUUGAAGUUAAUAAGACAAUGAAACGUGUCAUGUUACUGACAAAGUACAAUGUCCUUCAUUUUUCCGACAUUCCUGUGUCGGAGAACUUGACCCAGUCAGAAUCAAGAGUUCAACAGUGCUGUGAUAUGGAUGUAAUGUAAUCAUAAGAAGCCCUAGUUUUUCCAAAACGUUUGACUAGUAGUGUACAGCCACAUCCCUUUUGUUUAAAUUGAAAACUUUUUUUUUUAUAUCCAUUUAAAUAUGUAUUUUUUUAUAUAUAUAUAUUUUUUUUAAAUAACAAAGUCUUUAUUUUUGUAGAACUUUCAUAUACAAAACUGCUUUAACUAAGAAAAUUAACCACACUCCAUUGCUAAUGUUAAAUAUUUCUGCUUAAUUAUUUUCCUGAAGAGGGGAAGCGUCUACCUCAUCUGGUACGUAAGGCUUAACUGCUAGUUAUUUCUGAACACUGCAGAAGUUUGAAGUUCAACUUUGAUCACGGUUUAUGCAGAAACUGUAAUGUUACAUUAUUAUUAUUUUUUUAAAUAAAAUGUUACCUUCAA